UUUCGCUUCGCCUUCCGUUGAAGCGCGUUCCCAAUUUUCACUUUCAAAGGACGUCGAUUCCUCUCCUCUCUCUGAGAUUAGCCUUCGUAAGAAGGAAACGACACUUCGUCUUCGCAAUCAUCGCAUCGCACAUGGCGGCACCCUCGACGACGGCGCCGUCGCUUUUGUCGCCGACGCAGAGGUAUGCUGCCGGCGCAUUGUUCGGCCUAGCACUGCACGAGGCUCAACUCAACCAAACCAAUCCGUUGCCGUUACCCGUUUCUGAGAACUCUAUCUCCGAGGAGCGAACCAGUACUAGCUCCAGCAGCGAUUCGGUUUCCGAGGACCCGGAUCUUUGGGUCCACAACAAUUCGGGUUUGCUCCGCCCCGUUUUUAAGUUUCUUGAAAUUGAUUCCGGUGCGUGGCUUGGACUAGAGGAAACCGCUGGUUCUUCUUCAGCUACGCAUCACGUGGGACCGUUCUUGAGGUUACUUUCACAAGAAUCUGACGAUGGUUCUUCUCCAACUUUAGAUCAAGAACUUGCUUUGUCAGGUGCAGUUAAUGGUAUCACACGCCAAAUGGAGCAAAAGCUGGAGUCUUCUGAGUCUAAAAGGGAGAAACUUCGCGAAUAUGAGCAUCAAUGUCGUGAGAAGUUCUCAAUUGAUGAGGUUCAGCCUCAUGGUGAAAAGGUAGAUGAUCAUUUGGAAGUUCAGAAGGUAAUGGAUAUUGCUCCUUUAGUUGACUCUAAAGAGCUAGAACAUGGGUCUGUUAGUCGGGAGAUUGAUGAGAGACCAAUUGAAGAAGUAAUGAUGCUGAGUGAUCAGAGGAAAGUGACAGUUCUAUAUGAACUUCUGUCUGGUUGUUUGUCAAAUUUAGGUGAUGAAAUACGCCAGAGAAGGAAGGGCUAUGAUGCUCGACAUCGUGUGGCUCUGCGGCUGCUUGCAACAUGGCUUGAUGUCAAGUGGACAAAAAUGGAAGCCAUUGAGACCAUGGUUGCUUGUUCUGCGAUGGCUUUUAUUAAGGCACAAGAGUCAAAGCAAGAAGAAACUCAAUCAAAAGAAAGUAAGUGGGCUAAAUUAAAGCGGGGUGGUAUAAUUGGUGCUGCUGCAAUAACUGGUGGAGCUUUGUUGGCUAUUACUGGUGGGUUAGCUGCACCUGCCAUAGCUGCAGGUCUAGGUGCUUUGGCUCCAACGUUGGGUACUCUGAUCCCUGUAAUUGGAGCAAGUGGAUUUGCUGCAGCUGCUACCGCUGCAGGAAGUGUUGCUGGUUCUGUUGCUGUUGCUGCAUCAUUUGGAGCUGCAGGAGCAGGACUUACUGGAAGCAAAAUGGCUAGGAGAGUUGGGGGAGUUGAUGAGUUUGAAUUCAAGGCUAUUGGAGAAAACCAUAACCAAGGCAGGCUAGGGGUUGAGAUCUUAGUCUCUGGAUUUGUCUUUGAGAAAGAAGAUUUUAUACGGCCCUGGGAAGGUCAUAAUGACAACUUGGAGAGGUAUGCGCUGCAGUGGGAGUCCAAGAAUCUGAUUUCUGUGAGCACUGCAAUUCAAGAUUGGCUUACUUCAAAACUUGCAAUGGAGCUGAUGAAACGAGGGGCUAUGAUGACUGUAUUGAGUUCACUCUUAACCGCUUUGGCUUGGCCAGCUGCAUUACUUUCAGCGACCGAUUUUAUAGACAGUAAAUGGACAAUUGCUAUCGACAGAUCAAACAAAGCUGGUAAGUUGCUUGCUGAAGUGUUGUUAAGAGGAUUGCAGGGAAAUAGACCCGUGACACUUAUAGGUUACUCACUAGGGGCGAGAGUUAUUUUCAAGUGCUUACAGUGUUUGGCUAAAACUGAAAACAGUGCUGAACUAGUAGAAAGAGUUGUACUUCUAGGAGCACCCAUCCCAAUCAUGGACGAGAACUGGGAAGCAGCUCGAAAGAUGGUAGCAGGAAGAUUUGUAAAUGCUUAUUCGAGGAAUGACUGGAUGCUUGGAGUUGCCUUCCGUGCCAGGACCUAUAAACUUGAUAAAAGAAAUUCAUGGCAUGAAAUUAUAUAAUUUCUUUUACGUGAGAAGUUUCACACUACAUGGCCAUCGAUCAAUUUUUUGGUUUGUAUUUUUAUACGUGAAGUGGGAGUUGGUAAGUAUGAGCAGAGAACUGCGUUUCUUGCGUUGAUUGACGCCUCUUCAGGUAUUGAUCUGGGCCCAUGUUUUUUUCGUGAUUUGUCGUCAAUCUUCACAUUAAACCUUUUCGUGUGUGGUAGUAGGCAUUUGUAUCACCUAAGAUUACUAUAUGAUUAUGUGGGGUGUGUCAUUGCCUAUGAUGUAGUGAUAUGUUUAUUUUGAAAAUGUAUACAAAUUCUUAAAACAUGAUAAGACAUUGUCUAAAUCAAAAAAAUAUAAGUUAUUUUUAUUAUAACAGUAUGUGUUUUGUGGAUUAGAUGAUUCAUUGAUACAAAUAGGUGCAUAAGGGACCAAUGCUUUUGGAGAUGAGGUGUUAGAGCUGUGUAUCAAUAGAAUUUUUCUACUUAUUAGCUAACCUGUGCAGUUCGUAGUGUUGUGAUUAUUUGGCUAACCAUUCUUUUAGGAACAUGUAAAAGUAUUGAUCUUAAUAGACAAAAAUAAAAAAUAAUUAUUUAUCAUUAUAUAUAUAUAUAUAUUUUUAAAUUU